CUCAUUGGCCUGGGAGUCACGUGGUGGGGCCAAUGCGUGGAUAAUUAUGGUGCUGAUAUUUUUCCCUAAAAAAAAGAUGUCAGCCUCUGGCUGUAGUAUUCCUCUUUAAAAACCCUCUCUGAAAAUGUCAUGUCCCAGCAAUGUGACUCCUAACUCGUUUUUGAUGGACUCGUUGGCCGGUAGCUGCAGAGCAGAGAAUUAUUCUUCCAACCAAGGGAUGUAUAUGCAGUCUGGGAACGAUUUCAGCUGUGGGAUGAUGAGAAACUGUGGCAUUGUCCCGUCUCUUUCCAAAAGGGACGAGGUGAAUAACCCCAGCCUGUCUCUCAACUCUUACCCAUCUUACCUAUCUCAACUGGACAAUUGGUGUGACCCCAAAAAUACUUACAGGAUUGAGCAACCUGUUGCAAGGCAGCUCUCGUCCUGCUCCUUCCCUACCAAUGUCAAGGAGGAAAAUGUAUGCUGUAUGUACAGUGCUGAUAAAAGGGCAAAAAAUGCCACAGAGACUGCUCUCUACCCCAACCAGAUGCCAGACUCUCGAUCCGGUGACCAUGAGGUUCCUGUGCCCAGCUACUACCGAGCCAGCCAAGGCUACUCAUUGGAAAAGAACCACAAUGCAGCCGACUUUGAGGCAACUUUUGACAACAGGACGAGUCUGAACCCAAGAAGUGAGAUUCUGGAGCAGCAACAGCAGCAAUCAGCUGGGAGCAAGGUGGGCUUCCCCGAGAACACAAAGACGGAUAACCAGACCUUGGCCACCAACCUCAGCACCAACCCUACCAAUGCCACUGCUAAUGAGAUCAAAACAGAGAAGAGCCUCCCUGCUGCCAAGCUAGCGGCACCCGAGGCAGACAAGGAGCUGGCCAAGAACACUGACACCAGCACUGACAACUCUGACAACGAAGCCAAAGAGGAUAUAAAGGCAGAAAACGCUGCAGGAAAUUGGCUGACAGCUAAGAGCGGAAGAAAGAAAAGGUGUCCUUACACUAAGCAUCAGACGUUGGAACUGGAGAAGGAAUUCUUGUUUAAUAUGUACUUGACCCGCGAGCGCCGCCUAGAGAUUAGUAAGAGUAUCAACUUAACAGACAGACAAGUGAAAAUUUGGUUUCAAAACCGCAGGAUGAAACUGAAGAAAAUGAACAGGGAAAACCGGAUCCGAGAACUGACUUCAAAUUUCAAUUUUACCUGAGCUUUAAAAGAGAAGGGAAAACCGCUAAAUGGUCACAAAACAGCCCCCAGAAUCCCCCACCCUACCAAUAAACAACUAGAGAUAAUUUAGCAACAAAAAGGGGUUAAACAUCACUUGUACAUUUUUUAGGUCAUUAAUGCAACGCUUAUGGGAAGCAAGUAGUAAGUAUGAAAGGCUAGGUAGUCUUUUCUGUUAUUUUCCAUACCGGCAGUUUGUAGAUAUAAGGAAGGGGAGGGUGGGGGUGCAUCAGUAUAAUGCAUGAACAUAUAUAUAUUGCAUCCUUGUUUCCAUGUAAAGAUGGUCAGUGAGCCAGCUACUGAAAUUGUAUUUUUUAAGUUAUUUACAUCCAGCACAAAAAUAAAACCCAUGUUAUCACACAUCUUGCCAUACGGUGCUUUAAAUAAACAUAUGCGUUAAAAUAUAUUUAAAAAAAAACUGAGAAAUAAAAAGUUCGCUUUCUUACAUCAGUGUAACCUGUAUAUUGUAUCUGAAAUCCGAAUGAGCUAACGGAAAUUUUAAAUGUUUGUAAAUGAGAAGUUGCAGUGAGGUUAUGGACAUUCUAUAUACAUAUAUAAAUAUAUAUAAAUAUAUAUCGUAUGCAGUUUCUUUUAACUGGUCCACUGCAUAUUUAAGUGAUACAAGAUAAAAAAAAAA